AUGAGCGUCCUCGAUACGCCGCCCCAGGACGAGGUCGUCACGACCAUCACCGCGACCACCCAUGUGGAACUGCCACUCCACCCCAAGAAACCGACUUAUGAUGAGCUCAACCCCAAGUCUUCCCCUACCGAGUUCUUGGGACCUUGGGGAACCUUGGCAGUGACUCUGCUCACGCCGCUAUUCUGUAACCUGCUCUUCAUCGGGUGUAACGAACGGACAGGAUGUCCUCCUUCCUGGAACCGCGCAGAGGGGAGGCUCGAAUUCAGUCGAUACGACUUUAGCCUGAUGGUCGACAAGUUGUUCGACAGCAAGGCCUUCUUGGUCUACAUAGGAUGGUACACGUACAUGGUCCUCUGUUGGGCUUACAUUCCUGGUGACUGGGUCGAGGGGACCUUGAUGCGGAACGGAAAGAAGCAAAUGUACAAGAUUAACGCCUUUUCAACUUUGCUGCUCACUGCCGGCUUCAUGGUCAUCCCCAUGUCCACGUCGAAAGGCCAGGAAGGUCUCUCUUGGCUGUACGAUCACUGGCUCGGUCUCGUCAACGCCUCGAUCUUGAUGGCAGUCUUCCAGUCUGUCUGGGUGUACUCUUGGAGCUUCCAAUCUGGAGAACUGCUCGCCAAGGGCGGAAACAGUGGAGUCUUCAUCUACGAUUUCUUCAUGGGUCGACCGCUCAAUCCUACUCCUCCCGGCUACCCCGAGUUCGACAUCAAGCAAUUCAACGAGCUCCGACCCGGUCUCAUCCUCUGGCUCGUACUCAAUGUCGCUUGUUUGUGCGAGCAGAGCAUCAGGCUCGGAGGACUCGCCAACGUCACCGCUAGCAUGUGGUUGGUCUUUGUCAUGCAAUCCCUCUAUGUUGUCGAUGCCGUUUACAACGAAACCUCGGUAUUGACCACGAUGGACAUCACGACGGACGGGUUCGGGUUCAUGCUCGCCAUCGGUGACCUCGCCUGGGUUCCGUUCACCUACACCUUGCAAGCUCGUUAUCUGGCUUUCAACCCGGUCCGAUUGUCUGCAUUGAGCGUGAUCGGAAUCAUCGCCACCGAGGCUACCGGGUAUUACAUUUUCAGGUCUAGUAACUGGGAGAAGGACGCUUUUAGAAGCGGGAGAAACCCGAGGAAUCUCGAUUUCAUUGCCACCAAGAGAGGAACCAAGCUCUUGACCUCGGGUUGGUGGGGACGAUCCCGACACCCUAACUACUUCGGCGACUGGCUCAUGGCCCUGGCCUGGUGUCUGCCUACCGGCCUUAACACCCCGAUCACCUACUUUUACCUCGUGUUCUUCGUCAUCCUCCUCUUGCACCGUCAGAUCCGGGACGACGAGGCGUGCAAGGAAAAGUACGGGUCGGAUUGGGAUAGGUAUUGCGAGAAGGUGCCUUAUAGGAUCAUCCCUUAUGUGGUGAGUUCGCGUUCGGUGUAG